AUGUGUUACUAUUAGUACGAUUCUGACAUCUUCUGACUGACGAACAGUAAAUAAGUACUUACUUAUAGUUUUAACCUUCUUUGCUAAUGAUAUUAACAUUUUUAAAAUGAUAAAUUCUCCUGAGUCCGAAAAAAAUAAACCGAUAGAUUCUGAGCAAAGUUCUUCAGAAAGUUCUGAAGAAAAUAAAGAUGACAAUGAAUCUGAAAAAUCGUUGAAAACAAGAGACAGUGUAAAAUCAAGUGAUAGUGAUGGAGAAGCAAGCCCAGCUCCUAAAGAAAAUAAUAGUGGUUCUGCUUCAGAAGCAGACAAUGAAACAAAAAAGUCAAAACCGCUAAUAGAUUCUGAUUCAGAAAGUGAGGCAGGAGAUAAACAAACUUUAGCUCCAACAGCAGAUGCCCUUUUCGGAGAUGCUAGUGAUAUUAGUACAGAUGAUGAAAAGGACAAAGAAGAUGAGAAGAAAGAAAAGAGCAAAAGUAGAAGUAGAAGUACAAGCAGAAGCAGAAGCAGAAGCAGAAGCAGAAGUAGGAGUAGAAGUAGAAGUAGAAGCAGAAGUAGAAGCAGAAGCAGAAGUAAAAGUAGGAGCAGAAGUAGAAGCCCAGAGAGAUCUGAUAGUGGUGGUGAAGGCCCUAGUCAGGCUGUUAUUGAAGAUGAUGUAGAUAAAGAAAAAGAAGAAGAACCAGAACCUCCACCAGAGACAAGAAUUGAUGUAGAAAUCCCAAAAAUCAGUACAGAUUUAGGUCGUGAAAUACAUUUUGUAAAACUUCCAAAUUUCCUUUCAGUAGAAACACGACCAUUUGAUACAGAAACAUAUGAAGAUGAAAUUGAUGAAGAAGAAACUUUAGAUGAAGAAGGUCGAGCCAGGUUGAAAUUAAAAGUAGAAAAUACUCUUCGUUGGAAAGAAACUUUUGAUGAACAGGGUAAAGUUAUCAAAGAAAGUAAUGCCAGGUUUGUAAAAUGGUCUGAUGGCAGCAUGUCUCUACACCUUGGCUCUGAGAUUUUUGAUGUAUAUAAACAACCACUUCAGGGUGAUCAUAAUCACCUCUAUAUUCGACAAGGAACUGGUCUUCAAGGACAAGCAGUGUUUAGAACAAAAUUGACAUUCCGUCCACAUUCUACAGAAUCCUUCACUCAUAGAAAAAUGACAAUGUCUUUAGCAGAUAGAUCACAAAAAACUUCUGGUAUAAAAGUAUUAUCUCAAGUAGGAACCAAUCCAGAUCAAAAUAGAUAUGAAAUGAUUAAGAAAGAGGAAGAGAAAUUGCGAAUGGCAAUGCGAGUUCAAAGUAAAACAAAGAAAAGUACUGCAGGUAGAGGAACUACUGGAAGAUCUGUUGGUGGAUAUGGAGCUGAUGCUUAUCAUGAUGAUGGUUCAGAUGACGAGGGUGCUAUUUCUCUUGCAGCAAUUAAGAAUAAAUAUAAGAAAGGACUGAAUAUUCCUGUUAAAGCAUCAAAUAUAUAUUCAUCAGAUGAAGAAGGUUCAGACUUCGAAACAUUGAGACCAAAAAAAAAUAUCAAAGGAAAGGUUCUCAAAGAUUCAGAUGAAGAAUCGAAUUCUAGGAGCGCCUCAGAAAGUGGAAGAGAAGAUGAUAACCAGGCUGAUAAUGCCAGUGAUUAAAAUAUUACUAUUUUACUAAAGUAUACAUAUAUGCUUUAUAAUAUAAAUGUAAUACUUUGUAAUAUAAAUGAAUAAAUUAAUAUUUUUUUUGACAUAAACAAA